AAAAAAAAGUUAAAAGAAACAGGUGACAUUAAUUUUAAUAAUAUAUUGGAUUUAAGCCAAUAUCAAAAAUAGCAUUUUAACAUGUAACCAAUAGAAAAUUAUUGAGAUUUACAUUUAUUUUUUGGUACAAAGUCUUUGCUAUCUGGUGUGUAUUUUAUCCUUAGAACACUGCUCAGAUCAGACCAGCCAUACCUCUAGUUCUCACUAGCCCCACAUGGCCAGUGGCUACCGUCCUGGACAGCGCAGCUCUAAGCUCUAAGCUCUACCUAUGAGGUAGGCAGGACUUAUUUCCCUUCUUUUAAAGCUGGAAAAAGAGAGGUGUGGAGGGCCCCCAGGUGUGCCCAGCAGAGCAUGGACGCACCCAGCCUUCCGUCUCCUCCCUAGCUGCGUCUCCCAUGAUACCCACUCUCUUCCACAGCCCGUGGCACAGUCCGGGCCUCUUUGGAGCCCAUAGGCAAGCAGGGGAGACAAAACCAAUCCAGUUCUAGCGAUAAGCCAGAUAGUGCAGUGGGGUUCAGAGGAGGGAGGGGCCCCUGGAGGCUGGAGGGGACAGGUCAAGUUAUCUCCCAGCAGCAGGACGGCCUGGGCUCUUGGUCUCUGGUGAGCAGGUCUCCUUGAUAAGCGGCCUGGAUAACAGAUUCCCGGAGGCCUUCUCGAGGACCCACCUGCCAGUCUUCUGUGCCUUGAUGUUUAUCUAUGCACAGCAUUUUGCGUUUCUAUGAGGCUUGGCCCCUCCACAGAGACCUACAAUGCCCAGUAGAAAGACAAGAAGGCAUCCAUAACAAUAAUGAUGAUAAUAUUAGUAUUAUAUGAUGAUAAUACAUGUGCAUUUAUGAUAUGAUGAUUCGUUCAUGUUAUCAUACGAUGAGAGCUACCAGGGUACUCUGUCCCCACCAUUCCUGGGAGGCACGUUGAAUACAUACUAUUCCCUGUAUUGGAGGACUUCCCCUACUGUUCCCAGGUCCUGUGCUGACCUUCAGGGGGACCGUCCCCAUGGCGGGGCCCUGCUGUCCAACUGUGGUCUAUAGGCUGGUUUUCCCUGGGCGUGGCCAACCAAGAGAUUAUUUGAUGUGAUCUAUGAAUUUUGGUGAUUUUUCUAAAGGAUACUUGAUUAUAAUAAAAGCAACUAUCUACCAGACAUGAACUCUUAGCUCAAAAAUGUAAGCCAGAGACAGAGCAGGGUGUGGGUGAGCCAGGCAGAGAGAGAGCUGCGGAGCAGAGGAGGGGCCGGGAAUGGAGAUACCGUGUGGGACCAGCCCUGCCGCUCACCAUAGAGACCUUCCACGAUGUCUCCACGAACGCCACAAAGAUCCAGAUAAUCUGGCCAAUUCUAUCUGACAGCGCCAAAUAGCACUUGUCAGUGAAUUAGAUCCUCCAAGUGCUUUUCUGAAUUGAUAUAAAAUUUUACAGCACGACCUUGAGCCCGGACAACAAUAUGUUCUCUGUCUUUAAAGUUGCUGUGAAGAUCAAGUGUAACAAUUUAAGUGAAAGCCUGUAAAUCCUAAAGCUGUAAGUACACGUAGGUUGCGAUCGUGCUUAAUCAGCAUUAUUCAUUUUCUUUUAACCUAGCUGCAGCUGAUAUGAAUCUUUGGAGCCUCUGAUAAGCUUCCCAUCAAAAAGCCCUUGCAAUCCUAAAUUCCCUGGAUAAAAAUAUGAAUCUGGCCUCAGCCCAGAGCCCAUCUUCUUCUUCUAACAUAUAUAUCUAUCUCCACGGGACGCUGCCAGGAGCUGGCUGCAGCCAGAACCCACCGUAACCUCUCCCUCUCAACCUCUCCUUUUUUCACAAUCAGGCUGAGAAAGACGUGCUCCUCAGGGAGCGCCCCCACCCCUUUUGAAGUUAGGUCUUGAAGACCGCUCCUGCUGGGCUGCCCUGACUCUCGCCCCAGGACCUGGAGAUCAAGGAUGGGUAAGGCUUGGGUGCAGGCCUCUGGCGCUUGAGUGAAGAGGGAGCGGGUGAGUGAGUUGAGGGCAAGGGCCUGGGGCCUCCUUGGCUUUCCUCCCCGCCCCCAGCCUGGGGUCAGGCUGCUAACUGUACGGGGCAGGGGCGCUCACUCGGUGGGUUGCCCAGGGAGAUGGAACGUGGAGUUGACAGUGGCGGUCAUGGGUAUUACUUUCUUCGUCCUACUUUUCAUGAUGUUGCUCGCCUAUUUCCCAGUAGGGAUGAACACCAAAUCUGGAAAAUAAAAUGGAAGCUCUGGCCAGCCCACACACCUGCUGUUUUCUUGAUGAACAUGUCCCGAGCUCAGGGCCACGCAGUUGGCCCAGCUAAGAGUGGUAAUCAAGAGAACGUCUCCCCUCCUUUCUUGAGAGGGCUCCACUCUGGGUGUGGAGCCCAAUGCAAGGCUCAAACUGGCGACCCUGAGAUCAAGACCUGAGCUGAGAUCAAGAGUUAGAUGCUUAACUUGACCACCAAGGCGCCCCUGAAAUGCACCCAUUUUAAGUACGCAGUAUGAGCCUCAGUGCUUGACCCAGAUUAGAUGCUGGAACCCUCUGACCCCAAGAGAUGGGGCUCAAUUUCUCCCCAGUCCUGUGAUUCUCCUCCGGUCAUCCUGACAGCAGGGGGCUGGCAUUUGACGUACUCUCUGGAAACCUGCUGAAGUGGACACCAGUGGGAACGUGCUGCUGGGCACCCAUGGCUUCACCCUCCUCUUGGAGGCAGAGAUCUGGAGCUUCGACCCCAGCAAGUUCAAGUUCGUUCAGAGGGUCAACCUGUAGAGGUUCCACAACCUCACCGCGCUCUUCCACCUGCUGGCUGAGGGCUGGACAGCGGCUGCGGGAGGUGGUCCUCCAGGCCCCCCGCUCUGGCCUGGGUGGGCUGCUGCCUGGAUCCCUGGGCCAGCGACUGACUGGCCUCUCCACACCGAGACCUACCUGUACUCCUGCCUGUGGACCUCUCUGGCCGCUCCCACUACACCAAGUGCGUCCUGUGUCCUGUCCGGCCCUGGGUGACCAGCAGGACACUGCCACUGCCCAGGGCCCCAGCCCUGAACUGGAGUCCCUGCCAAGACCCCUCCCAAAGGGCUGUAGGAGCUCAGUGGGAAAGCUUUCACUGCGGGGAGGGGGCAACCUUGUAACUCGUGCCCCCCAAGGGAUGACCGGCAGCACACGGGGACUCCCCUUCCAGCACAGCUGGGACAUAAAUUCUGUGGUUCCAGGGGUGACUCUGAUAUAGGAUCCAGGUUUGGUGGUCACCUCAGACCCCCUUAUCAGCCUCCCCUGUCCUCUCGGCCUGCCCCAGCUGUCACACUGGCUACCAGCAUGGGAACCUCUUCAUGUCCUUCCGAAGCCUCUUCCAGGAUGGCUGUCUGAAGAAGAAGACCCUGGAGGACUUGGACAAAUACGUGGAGAAGGGGGAUGUGCGAAUCCCCUUCCUGCUGGACAAGAUGAAGGAGGUUGGGAAAGUGUUUCUGGCCACCAGCAGCACCCACAACUACACGGAUGCCAUCAUGACCUACGUGCUGGGCAUCGGUGAGAGAGUCACCCGGGAGCUGGACCCGCGCUACCUAACAGCACGUGGGCAGCCUGUUCCGCGGCGGCUUCCGCCAGACGCUCUCCUACCAGCUCAUGCGCUCCGCAGGCCUCUACGCCGCCACCUGCCUCGACAUCCUGCGCUACCCACUCAGCGCGCUGCAUCGGGCGGCCCGGAGCUGGGCUCCUGUUUCGUCUUUUGGUAGCAUCAUCUGGCAUCAUCUAGAGGCUUAGAAGGAAUAUACCUACGUAACUGAAAUGACACAACAAACUCUCAAAGGAACAGGUCUGUGAAACAGUUCGCUAGUUUCUCUUUCUGUGGGUAAUCAAGGGAAACAUUUGGAAUAUCUGAGGAUAAAUAAGGGCCAACAGGCCACGUACUGAGAGAGUUUCAGAAGCUAGGUCUGGCACUGCCAAGGCCUUUCGCUCUUCCUGGCUUGACUUUUGGGCCUGAGUCGGUAAAGCGGCUUCUCCAGGCAGAGACCAGGUAUCCCUGGCCUUGUGUCUUCAAACACUGCAUUCUUGUUCAAGG